AUGAAGGUGAGCGGUCAGAAGGUUAAGGAAGUGGACAAGGAGGAGCUUCCCGAAUCCCGGCGAGCCUUCAGGAACCUCUUCAACUGCUUCUAUGCCUUGGGAAUGCAGGCACCGGACGGAAGUCGUCCUACAAAGAGCGCCACCUGGCGGCGAAUCUACCGCUGCUUUUCGGUGGUCAUGUACGUGUGGCAGCUGCUCGUGGUGCCCACGUGCUUUGUGAUCAGCUACCGUUACAUGGGCGGCAUGGAGAUCACCCAGGUGCUGACCUCCGCCCAGGUGGCCAUCGAUGCGGUCAUCCUGCCCGCGAAGAUUGUGGCCUUGGCCUGGAAUUUGCCCCUGCUGCGGCGGGCGGAGCAUCAUUUGGCCUCGCUGGAUGCCCGGUGCCGGGAUCGGGAGGAGUUUCAGCUGAUCCUCGAUGCGGUGAGGUUCUGCAAUCGGCUCGUCUGGUUCUACCAGAUCUGCUAUGCCAUCUACUCCUCCUCGACCUUCGUGUGCGCCUUCCUGCUCGGCCAGCCGCCCUACGCCCUCUACCUGCCCGGCCUGGACUGGCAGCGCUCCCAGCUGCAGUUCUGCAUCCAGGCGUGGAUCGAGUUCCUCAUCAUGAACUGGACGUGCCUGCACCAGGCCAGCGAUGAUGUCUACGCGGUGAUCUACCUGUAUGUGGUGCGCGUCCAGGUGCAGCUGCUGGCCAGGAGGGUGGAGAAGCUCGGACGCGACGGGCAGGCGGAGGCGGAGGAGAUCUAUCCGGAUGCGAGGCGGCAGGAGGAGCACUGCGCGGAGCUGCAGCGGUGCAUUGUGGACCACCAGACGAUGCUGCGCCUGCUGGGCUGCAUUAGUCCGGUCAUUUCGCGGACCAUCUUCGUGCAGUUCCUGAUCACCGCCGCCAUUAUGGGCACCACCAUGAUCAAUAUAUUUAUAUUUGCGAAUACCAACACCAAGAUAGCCUCGAUUAUCUACUUGAUGGCAGUGACCCUGCAGACGGCGCCGUGCUGCUACCAGGCCACCUCGCUGAUGCUGGACAACGAGAAGCUCGCCCUGGCCAUCUUCCAGUGCCAGUGGCUCGGCCAGUGCGCCCGGUUCCGCAAGAUGCUCCUCUACUACCUCCAUCGCGCCCAGCAGCCCAUCGCCCUGACGGCCAUGAAGCUGUUCCCCAUCAACCUGGCCACCUACUUCAGCAUAGCCAAGUUCUCAUUUUCGCUCUACACGCUCAUCAAGGGGAUGAAUCUCGGCGAGCGAUUCACCAAGACAAAUUAA